AUGACAGACGAUGGAUUAACACCAGAACAAGAACAAGCAAUUGAAAAAUAUUCAAAAAUGUUGGAAACAAUUAAAUAUAAUACACAGAGUAAUAGUAGUAUAGAAGUAGAGUCACGUAUAGGAAUAUUUGAUAAUGAUCAUAAAUUUAUUUCUGGAGUAAAGCAAGAAGAAUUUUAUAUAGUAUUGAAUUAUAUGCAACAACUUAAUUUAACACAUAAAAAAUCACAUGAAAUUGAAAAGAUCUAUCAAAAAGGAGAAAGAGGGAAUUUGAGGUAUGUAACUGGUAAAGAUAGAGAAUUUAUUCGAUUAGAAUUAAAAGAAAAAAGUAAAACAGAAGAACUUCAACUUGGUAGUUCUUUUGAUUAUUCAUUAAGAAUUCAAGUAUCAAGAGAAACUCUAUUAAAUUUAGAAGAAUACAAAGAAUUAGGGGAUGCAUAUAUUACACGUGAAAAGUCUAGGAUAGAAUUUGUAUGGGUUCCAGAAAUUGUUAUUGAUUUUACACAUGUUUAUCAAGUAGAUGGAAAAAAUAAAGGAAAAGAAUCAUUUGAAAUAGAAUUUGAAUUUAAGUCAGAAGAAAUAAAAAAAAUACUUGAUAAUAGAGCAAGUGUCAGAAACAUUAUUAAAGAAUAUAUGUAUUGUGUAAAUAGAAUAUAUAACCUUCUUAAACGUUCCCAUGGAAAUUAUUUUGGGGAUAUAGAACAAAAACAAGAACAUAAAUUAACUAAUGUUUUAGGGAGAUUAAUUUGUGAUUCAAUUGAAGGUGCAGAUGGAAGUGUUAAUAAUUUUCCAGGAGCAAUGCCAGUUAAUUUUGGAAGAACAUCAUUUGAUAUUAUUCAAAAGAAUGCUUAUAUUGUUAGUGAAAAAACUGAUGGUGUUCGUCAUUUUGUACUUGUUACAGAAAAUAAAGUAUAUUUAGUUACAAGAAAAAUGGAAUUUUUUAUAGUUGAUUUUCCAGAAAUGGUUAAAGCAUAUGGUGAGAAUGGAGUAAGUUUAUUUGAUGGGGAAAUUGUAAGGAAUAUAAGAACAGUAAGACCAGUUUUAAUGUUAUUUGAUGCAAUUAUUGUUGACGGUAUAAAUAUAUCAAAAAAGAAAUAUUCAGAAAGGAUUCAAAAAAUUGAAGAAAUAGUAGAAAGAGUUGAUAAUAAUGAAAUACAAGCAAAGAAUAGACCAUUUGAUAUUAUUAUUAAAAAAUUUUAUACAAAAGAAGAAAUAAAUUCUAUCUUUCAAUUAAUUUGUUUUUCACAUGAAAUUGGGAGUUAUAUUAUUCAAGACGACAUCAGAUGUCAUAGAUCUGAUGGUAUUAUUUUUGCACCAGAUAUUGAAUAUAAACCAUUUGCUAAUAGUGGAUUAUUUAAAUGGAAAUAUAUGACACAUUGGACAAUUGAUUAUGGAAUAACUACUUCAAAAAAUGGAGAUGAUACCUUUUAUUGUAGUGAUGGAAGAAAAGAGGUAUUAUUAAGAAAAGUUAAUUUUAGUAAAGAAGAUUUAAAACAUUUUGAAGAUGAUAAAGCUAUUUAUCGAUGGAAUGGAAGUGGAGUUGUUGAAACUUCUUUAGAUGUUUGGAGUGGACAAUGGAAAUAUCAUAUUUAUAGAUAUGAUAAACCAAAACCAAAUAAUAUUUCAGUAUGUAUUGAUACAUUAGAAGCAAUGGCUUGUAAUAUUUCUAGAGAAGAGUUAAUUUAUAGAUGUUCAGUAAAACCAGAAGAAGACCAAUGGGAAACAGCAUAUAAAGAACAACUUUAUAUUGAGAAAAAGAAAUUAUUUGAAGCAUAUACACGACCUAAAUAA